AUGAGCUCAACAUCUCAACAAAAAUCAUCAUCUUCAAUCUGGAAAUGUCCUGAAGUAGUAUCUGAAGCACGGCUUCGUCUUUAUAACAGCUUUACCAAAAAGAAGGAACUAUUUGUACCAAUAAAUGGUAAUGAAGUACGAUGGUAUAGUUGUGGACCGACUGUUUACGAUACAUCUCAUAUGGGUCAUGCUAGAUCGUAUAUUUCAUUUGAUAUUCUUCAUCGUGUUAUGGCUGAUUAUUUUGGUUAUGAUGUUCUCUAUUGUAUGAAUGUAACUGAUGUUGACGAUAAAAUUAUUAAACGAGCACGCGAAAGACAUCUUAUUAAAACUUAUAUGGAUGAUAAUUCAAUUGCAUUUGAAAAAAUUCUUGAAGAUUGUCAACUUGCACUUAAACAUGUACAAGAUAUUCGUGCACGUGAAACAGAUAAAGAUAAACAAACAAUGUAUGACAAACAAAUUUCUGCAGUAGAAAAUUCACUUCAAAAUAUUAAUACUUUAUCUGACGUAGAAACUAAACGAAAAAAAUUAUUUACUGAUUGUCAUGAUAUACUUUCAUCAUAUUUAGAUGUUAAUUAUUCACAUUCAACGAAUCCAUUAGAUAAUGAAGUUUUUCUUGCAUUAGCUCGUCAUUAUGAAUCAGAAUAUCAUAAUGAUAUGUCACGUUUAAAUAUUUUACCUCCACAUGUAUUAACACGUGUAAGUGAAUAUGUACCGGAAAUAAUAACAUUUAUUGAAAAAAUUAUUGAAAAUGGCUAUGCAUACGAAUCAAAUUCAUCGGUUUAUUUUGAUACAAUUAAAUUUCAUAAACAACAUUCUUAUGCCAAAUUGGAACCUGAUCGGAUGGGUGACAUUGCCGCAUUAAGUGAAGGUGAAGGAGCAUUAACAACAGCUUCCACCACCAGCAAAGAAAAACGAAAUGAAUGUGAUUUCGUCUUGUGGAAAAAGAGCAAAAUAGGUGAACCAGUAUGGCCAUCACCCUGGGGACUUGGUCGUCCAGGGUGGCAUAUCGAAUGUAGUGUGAUGGCCAGCACAAUUUUAGGCUCUCAAUUUGACAUUCACACUGGUGGAAUUGACUUAAAAUUUCCGCACCAUGACAACGAAAUUGCUCAAUCAGAAGCCCACUAUGACAGUGAUACAUGGGUGAAUUAUUUUCUUCAUAGUGGUCAUUUAACAAUAGCUGGAUGUAAGAUGUCUAAAUCAUUAAAAAAUUUCGUUACAAUACAACAAGCACUUGAAAAAUAUACAUCAAGACAAAUUCGUUUGUUAUUUUUAUUACAUUCAUGGUCGUCAACAUUGGAUUAUAGUGAUCAUGGUAUGGAAAAAGCUUUAAGUUAUGAAAAAAUGCUCAAUGAAUUUUUUCUCAAUAUUAAAACACAUUUACGUUCAAUGAAACAAUUAAAUCAUUCAAGUGCUUAUACAAAACUCGAUGAAAAUGAUCUACAACUCAAUGAACGUUUUUCAGCAGCAAAAAAACAAAUUCAUAUCGCAUUAUGUGAUUCCAUUGAUACACCAACAGUCAUGGAAAAUAUACGUCAUUUAAUAACAACAACAAAUAUUUACAUGAACAGAACAAAUGCAAUUAUUAAUCGUCUUCUUUUACGUAAUAUAGCUGCUUAUAUAACACGUUUAAUUGAUAUUUUUGGUUUAAAUGCUACUGGACCAUCAAUGGAUGACAUUGGAUUUACUCGAUCAAGUGAACAACAAACAUCAUCAAUUAAUGUUGAAGAUAUAGCUAUGCCAUAUGUUGAGCAAUUUGCUGUAUUUCGUGAUGCUGUACGUACACAAGCAAUUGCAGUUAAGAAUAAAGAAAUUCUUACAUUAUGUGAUCAUGUACGAAAUGAAAUUUUACCAGAAUUAGGUGUACGACUUGAAGAUCAAGCGGGUACAAAUAAAGCAACAAUAAAAUUUUGUGAUCCAGAAAUAUUAAGACGUGAACGUGAACAAGCAUUAUUAGUUGAAAAAAGUAAACAAGAAGAAAAAGAACGACGAAAAUUAGAGCUACAAUUAGCUAAAGAAGCAAAAGAAGCUAAGAAAAAAGCAAGUAAAGAAAAAAAAAAUACUGAUUCAAAAAAUGCAACAGAACCAACUAAUGUUGAAACUGUUACUAAUGGAGCAACGGCCAUGACUGAUGGUGACUCUUAA